GGACGGUGAAUGUACCCAUCAUGGCCGUCGGUUUUGCCGGAGCAGUCCUUUUGGUGGCUAUUGUCGUUAUUCUUGUGAAGAGACAGAGAGUGAUGAAUGUGACUACCCAAGGAUUUUAUCUGGGAGUAAGCAGGCAAGUUGCUGAUACCACCUCUGAAAGCUAUAUGAGAGUGGAAGAAAAUAUCUACGAUGAACCUGAACUUGUUUCUUUGGAUUACAUUGAUCCUGUUGAUGAUAGCGAUAAAAAUAACUAUAUCACGAACAGGCAUGACAGACCACGAGAAGAAAGAGAAGAUAGGACGAAAGAAAAAUCUACAGUACUGUCCCUCCUCAUGAGGAAAAGAAAGGAAUCUGAAUUCGAUAAAGUGGACAAGGAAUACAUAGAUAUUAUGGAAAUUGGUUCCGGUACGGAUUCGCUUCCAGCAUCACCACCACUGAAAACAUUAACUACAACAUCAACUCUCCCACUACAAACGACAUCACAAUUAACAACAGAACCACCAGUACGAUUUCCACCAGUAGAAAAGAAAAAAAAUCAAUUGACGACAGCACUUUCAAAAAAAUUUCACCAAUCAGUAGCACGUGAGACAAACACCACGACACAACCAACUGUCGCAAAAGCAAAUACAAGCACAUCACCUUUAGACUCAGCAAUAGAUACACAAUCACCAACAUCUCUUGGAGUGAAAGUAACAGAACAGCCAUCAUCUCCAAUCACCAUCACAACAGAAAUAGUAACACGGCCACAUUCAGCAAAACCAGAAACAACCAAGCUAUCAUCAGUAGCACUGAUAAAAUUACCGUCAGACACCCUAUCAGAACCAACAAAAACGACAGAUUCAACCACACUACAUAUACCACGUACGAGAAAAAACGUAAAAACAAAGACGUUUUUGCAACCACAACCUACUACAACAGGACAACCAACGACAACAAGACAAACCAAUUCAAAAAGCAUACAGCAUAUGAUAGAUUUUCACGAAACCGCACAGAGAAAAAAAUAAGUUACAUUUCAUAUUUCAAGACUUAUAAUACAUACAUAUGUGGACGUCUAUGUAUACAUUCAUUAUGAUAUGUGUGUACAUUGUAUAUACAUGUACAACACUUAGCUUUCGCUUACUGUUCCAGAAAUAAUUUAUGCGAAUAGUGUAGAAAAAUAUUUUCAAUUGAAAAUACAUUUCCAAAUCAUCAGCAUCAUCAUUAAUAAAAGAUAGUAAUGAGAUGGUGGCAAAUUGGUUUCGGUGGUAAAAUGUUCUCGAUAAUAGUUCUACCUGUGUGCAAACCUGGCGCUAUUUCGACUUCUGUCAAUUGUGUUUGGAGAAGAAAUUAAACAACGAAAUGCAUAACGGGGGAAUUGAACAAGAAACUACACAUAUUAAGAUUGGUCUAAGCUUGAAAAUUCUUAUUCUUCUGUUUCUGUCAAUCUUUAGAAGGAUGACGAGGCCCAGGUCUCACUGGUAGGACAGACACCGUUUGAAAAUUGCAAGGAAAAAUACUUUUUCCCCCAACAAAUUCUAAAUUCUCUGCGGUUUUUUCCUAUAAUACUUUUAUCAACUAUCUGCUGAAAGUCCGCUGUGACAAUAGUAGUUCUGGUGCGUAUCAGAUGACAUAUUUGUCAUUGGUUGGUGGAUGCAAAAAAAGAUUUGGUUUUGGAAAAUAUCCCACAAUGUGUAAACUCACAAGGAUGAACAGUGGAUUUCACACAUACAGGUUUAUUUCCUUAUUUUUGUUUAUUACCUGCAUAUAUUCAUCCCUUUGUUCUCUGGUUAUUAUUGGUCAUUAACGACAUAUUAAAUUCAUAAACUGCU